GCUGGCGGUCAGUACAGAGGGGGUGGGGCUGGGGCCGCUUGGAGGCGACGGCGGAGCGCGCGGGUCGGUUAAACCGACGCGGCGGCGGAGCGUGCAGUGUGAUCGAGUUCGUCAGUGCCCCGCCCGCUGCGUUCCACACAGGGCGGCACCUGCCAAACGACAACCAUGAGUGAUCGAAAGGCAGUGAUCAAGAAUGCGGACAUGUCAGAAGAGAUGCAGCAAGAUGCUGUAGAGUGUGCUACUCAGGCCCUGGAGAAGUACAACAUUGAGAAGGACAUUGCUGCUCACAUAAAGAAGGAGUUUGACAAGAAAUACAAUCCCACUUGGCACUGCAUCGUGGGAAGGAACUUUGGCAGCUACGUGACUCAUGAGACCAAGCACUUCAUCUACUUCUACCUCGGCCAAGUCGCUAUUCUUCUUUUCAAGUCUGGGUAGAACCACGGACUGUUACUGAAACUUGCAUCCGGUUACAGGACUGUGUGCUGACGACUCUGACUAGUCACUGCAGCCUUCCUGAGGACGCAGGCCUUGAUCUUCAAGGGCAAUGGCAGGGAUUAUGCUAUAGCAGAUGAUGUUACAUAGUGGAUAUAAAAAGAAAAAGUACAAAAGAGUCUUCCUUGUAUUUAUUUUUUUUUUCAGAGGCUGCUUCUUUGCUAGUAGAGCUCUUGGAGCAGUUUUCCUUUGAGAGUUUUGUAGCCAUCUACAGUAUUGCCCAAUUACUGCUUGUUCUAUGUAAGUACUGACUGUUAGUUCUUUCUGUUUGAAACUUCUCUUCUCAUAUGUUUUUUUAAAAUAUUUUUCCCCUCUUGUUUUGCUGGAUGUACUACCCCAAAGUCUGAGCUUUCUUUUUCUGCUGAUGCCUGUUGGACAACUGCUUUGGAAAAUAAAUGACAAUACCUAUCCCA